CCUAGUGUCUUAUCCUGGAGAACGCUGCUGUAUAAACUCUCACGCACUGUUGCUUCCUUCUCCUCAUUCACAACAACACUACUGCCUUUGGAUCUUUAAGGCUGCAUCAUGUGUAAAGGACUUGCAACACUUCCAGCGACGUGCUUGAAAAGUGCCAAAGACAUCAAGCACAAAAUAAGCUUCUUGCUCCAGAAGCCUGAAGCCCAAACAGCAGAUCAGAAGCCAGUGAAAGAGAAGACCGCCACCGCCGCCGCUGCAAAGAGGGCGCCUGCUGCAGCCGAGGUGGGGAAAUGGAAGGAGUCUUUCAGCCACAUGAUGAGCAGUGAAACGGGUCGCAUCGUCUUCACGAGUUUCCUGAAGUCGGAGUUCAGCGAGGAGAACAUGAACUUCUGGGUCGCCUGCGAAGACUACAAGAAGAUCGCCCCCUCCAAGUUGGCGACCAGAGCCAAGCAGAUCUGCCAGCAAUACGUUGAUGUGGAUGCUCCUAAUGAGGUAAACUUAGAUGCAGCGACCAGAGAGGAAACGAAGCAGAACGUCGAGAGCGCCUGCCCGUCGUGUUUCGACGAAGCUCAGAAGAUGAUCUACACUUUAAUGGAGAAGGACUCCUACAGGCGCUUCCUCAACUCCAAACUGAUCCAGGAUCUGUGUCAGACCCAGACCACCAAUUCUCAAGAGAAGAAGGAGAAGAAAAACUGUGACUUUGCGGAGAACAGGCAGGUGUUAACCGGUGGCGCCUAAACGGCGAGCGAACAGGAAAGAGUAGAGGAAGGUGCCAAAGACUGAAAAUGUAUGAGAAGGUAGACGCUGGUCUGGUUUGUGUCCAGUGUUUAAAGAACGGAAGAAACAGAGGUUAAGAAGGUGACUUAAAAGUUAACGUGACACAUGGUCAAGCAUUUAUAACUUUUUUGAUACUUGCUGUUAAUUCUUGGAAGUCAUUUAAAGUUUUGACGUGAUGUCCACAUUUGCCCAUUUCUGUCUUCACCAUCAGCUGCCGAAUCACAAAAAAAGAUUAAGUGACUAAAUAAAUAUAUCAGUGUACGUACAGAUGUUUGCAUUAUGAAGUGUAGCUCCUGGUUUCACCUGCUCUUCAAGUCAUAGCCAGACCCACAACAGAAACUCUACCUAAAUCUGAAGCUACCUCCACUCAACACACACCUUUAAAAACAACGCAAUGUAGCGACUUCUUUAUAACACAGACACCAAAAAUCAGUGAGAACUGUUAGAAGAGUAGAGGUGACUAACCUAUCAGUAUUAGUACAUUUACUACAAGCUCCGUAUGACUCAUCACAUGUUCAUGGAAAAGCUAAAGGAUACUGACGUGUUGUCGUCACUCUCUCAGCAUGGCUGUGCUGUAAUACAGAAGAUAUCCGCACCGUGCCAAACGUUGACUUUGUGUGUACUUCUAGUGAGAAUUGUAAGCAUGCUUCAACAUCUCUGUAUCGAUUUUCUGUUGCAUGUCGUAUAAUCACUUAACCGCAGCCGAUUAAAGUCAAAUUGUGAGUCGUUUGAUUUGGACGGGUUCCCCCGCUGUUCUGUUCACAUGUUUAUUACUGUCAUUCGUGCAGGGGGAACUUACUGGUGUGUUUAUUUUCAUUGAAUGUAUAUCCGGCGGCCUUGCUCACUAAAAUGUAUCUUGUGAUGAACUACAAACUGUAUGUAUAUUUAUUAAAUAACGUCAUUGUCCUAUUUAUAUCGUCUAUGACUAUUCACAAAUAAAAUGAUGUGUUGGAUGAUCAGAA